ACGGUCAUUUCUCUCUCUCUCUCUCCGUUUGGAUUCUACUACCUACUCGUUCGGUAAAACUUGCCCAGAUCUCCCAAAAGAUUCGUCCUUUUCCUGCUAAAGACACCAUUUUUGUUCUUUAAUCUUCGAUUAAGGACAAAAACAUAAUCCCGCAAGGAAAUCAAUCAUUCAAUCUCCCGAUCAACCCGUGACUUGUCCCAGCUGCAGCUUACGACCCAUUACGACGUCGUUUGGUGCUCGGAGUACGUCGUCUUCGUUUCUAGUUGUGGUGUGGAUAUGGCUUGUGUUUUCUUGAUCCCCUCGCCCAUUUUUCUUGUUUCUUGCCGUUUUCUUGGGUUUUCUCCGUAACCAAACAGGGUGCUAGCGUACAGUUGAUUCGUUGUCUCCUCAGAUUUGGGGUUUCUCCUUUUUUUAGGGUUCCGAGCAUUGGAUCGAAAUGUUCAGCUUUUCUCGCAGGCGGACCAAACUUGGCAGAGUUAAGAAGGUGCAGCUUUCGGAUUCUGCUUCGGGUAGAGCGAGUCCCUUGAGGCAGACCAAACGCGUAAACAACUCUACCAAUGAAGGUGCUGAAACUGAAGCUCGUCACUCGGAUGAACUCGACUUCCAGUCCCCGCCAGGGAAUGCAGAGAAUUGGAUGGUGCUGUCUGUUGGCGGGGAGAAACCUUCUCCCCGAUUCAAUCACGCAGCCGCAGCAAUUGGGAACAAAAUGAUAGUAGUUGGUGGAGAAUCCGGGAAUGGCCUGUUGGACGAUGUACAGGUGCUGAACUUUGAUACAUUUACAUGGGCCGCGGCUUCUUCCAAGGUUUACUUAUCACCAAGCAGUCUACCUCUGAAGAUCCCUGCAUGGAAGGGUCACUGUCUGGUUUCUUGGGGUAAAAAAGUGCUUCUGGUUGGAGGGAAAACUGAACCUUGCAGCGAUAGAGUUUCAGUGUGGGCAUUUGACACAGACUCGGAGUGUUGGUCAUUAAUGGAGGCGAAAGGGGAAAUACCGGCUGCCCGAAGUGGUCACACAGUGGUGAGGGCAAGUUCGGUAUUGAUUCUUUUCGGGGGCGAGGAUUCAAAGAAGAGGAAGCUAAACGAUCUUCACAUGUUUGAUCUCAAGUCCUCAACAUGGCUUCCUCUCAAUUGCACAGGAACACGGCCUUGCGCGAGAUCAAACCAUGUAGCCACGCUGUUCGACGACAAGAUCCUGUUUGUUUUCGGAGGAUCAGCGAAGAACAGAACGCUGAAUGACUUGUACUCGCUCGACUUUGAAACUAUGGUUUGGUCAAGAAUAAAGAUUCGGGGAUUUCACCCGUCCCCUAGAGCGGGUAGCUGUGGAGUCCUUUGUGGGACUAAAUGGUUCAUAGUUGGAGGUGGAAGCAGGAAGAAGAGGCACCCGGAGACAGUAGUCUUCGACAUUCUGAAAGCCGAGUGGUCUGUAGCCAGCGUGUCGUCUCAAUCUUCCGUUGCUGCGAACAAGGGGUUUAGCCUGGUUCUUCUGCAACACAAGGACAAGGAUUUCCUCGUAGCGUUCGGGGGAACGAGAAAAGAGCCUUCGUAUCAGGUUGAAGCCCUUAUCGUUGACAAGAACAAGAAUGAAUCUCCAGUGUGUCCGCAAACUGCGAAGAAAAAACACGGUAGUCGUCUGUUUGGGAAACGUUCGUCCUCCGCAGGUUUAGCCGAUGAACCGAGCAAAGGCUCUUCUCAGAGGCUGAUUGAUUCAGUGGCUAGACAGAAACUCGCCUCAGCGAUCGAGGAGCACGGCUCGGGACGCAGAUCCUUGUCUGAGAUAGCAUUCGUUGAUCAGAAUCCAUCCUCGGGAAAUGUCUCUCUGCGAAAACAGUUCAACAACGAAGAAGAAUACAGGGCGGUAAUUGAAGAAGAAGAACUUCCUCUUCCUCGGACAGCGGACGAUAGAACACACAUCAACAACAGCGGCGGGGCUAAUAAAAUCACCUCCGAGAAGACGCCUUCCAUGUCCUCAGACCGUGAAUUCUCCUCGAACCUCCAGAAGCAAUGUCCCGAAACCUUUCCCAUGGAAAACGCCGAUGGGAUAUUCCUCGAGACGGAUACCAGUCUGGCAUCAUCGUCCAGCGUUUACCAAUUCCACGAGGCGAAAAUGGCGGCUCUUAUAAGGAGGAACGGAAUUCUGGAGGGACAGCUUACAGCAGCAUUGGCUGGACGUGAGGCAGCUGAGAGAAAUCUUUCCGUAGCUAUGAGAACCAAACAAGAGACGGAGAAAAAGCUAGCGGACGCCAUGAGAGAGGUAGAGCUGAUGAAGGAGAAGCUCACAGGCUUAGAAUUAGCACAAGAGGAGGCGAACAGUUUGUCAAACAUGGUUCAUUCGGAUAACGUGAGGCUUGAGCACGAUGUCGCGUUUCUGAAAGCUGUUCUCGACGAUACCCAGAAGGAGUUGCAUUCGACAAGAGGAGUUCUGGCAGGAGAAAGAGCGAGGGCGUUCCAGUUGCAGGUCGAGGUGUUUCAUCUGAAGCAAAGGUUACAGUCUCUGGAGAACAGAGCAGCUACGCCCAGAAAGCCUUUCCAUGUCUAAGAAGAGACAAAGAUUGAUUCUGUGUCGAAUCCUAUGAACGUUUGGAACAAUGUACAGAAUUUGCGAAGUAAUAUCCAAGAUUCCAUUAUAUAUUCGAACCAGAUUUUCACCAAGAAAUAUGAAAAAAGACAUUUUCUUGGAGA